AUGUCUGCACUCCCAAGCUUCCUUGUCGACAUCGCCCGCAUUCCAGCCGUAGCCGUCGGCCUCCCCAUUGCCAUCGGCGGGCUGGUUGGAUACAACGUUAACACCAAGAAUGCUUGGUACGCUUCCCUCAAGCAGCCCCCCGCCAACCCUCCUGACUGGGCGUUCGGACCUGUGUGGACGAUCCUGUACGGCAUGAUGGGUUACGCGUCGCACCUUGUCGCUGAGGUCGCGGUCAAGAACAUUGACCCUGCGACGCGUGACACAGCAUUGGGCGCUCUGGGGCUGUAUUACGCCCAGCUGGCGCUGAACUUCGCCUGGAUGCCCCUCUUCUUCAGCGCUAAGCGCCCGAUCGUUGCGCUCGCCGACAUCGGUGUCCUCACCGCGACCGUGUUCGCAAUGACCGACAUCAUGAAUGUGCUCCCCACGCGUGUCCCCACCUUCUACCUUCUCGCCCCCUACUGCGGGUGGCUCUGCUACGCCACUUACCUGAACGGUGGCAUUGCUUACCUCAACUGGAACGCGAAGGGCGAGCGCAAGCUCUAA